AUGGCUGCAAAUACAUCUGCGAAGCCCCUCUCGGCGUUAUCCAAAGGCAAAGCCAAGGCAACAGAUGCUGACUUCGACGACCUCCAUCUUGUCAUCACCUACCGGCAUCUUCACGCUCACAACCUCGGCGUGAGAGAUCCUUUGCGAGUAGUUGCACUGUGUGACAGCGAUGCCUUUUAUGCUGCGUGCGAGCAAAUUCGCUUGGGUAUCGACCCGUCGCGCCCGUUGGUCGUGCAGCAGUGGGAUUCAUUGAUCGCUGUCAACUAUCCGGCACGUAAGUUCGGAAUUACUCGCAUGGAGAAGAUCAAGGAAGCACGAAGGAAGUGCCCGGAACUUGUCGUCGUGCACGUCGCGACAUACAAGGAGGGCGAGGCUGAGCCUGGUUAUUGGCAGAAUCCAGAUACCCUUACUCACAAGGUGUCAUUGGAUCACUACAGACGGGAGAGCAUGAAGAUUCUCCGCAUGUUCCAAGAAGGAUUACCGGGUGGCGAGAUAGAAAAAGCUUCCAUAGAUGAAGCCUUCAUUGACUUUACCCGCCCUGUCCGUGAAGAGAUCCUGAGGAGAUUUCCCUAUCUUGCCGAAGUCCCUCCUGAUGCGCCUCGGGGAAUAGAUAGCCCACUUCCCAACCCACCUCCUAUAUCCUGGCAUGGCCUCGGUACUGUUAUAGAGGUCAAUCCUUCUCCAUCAGACACCCCUGCAGUGGGUCUCGAGGGAUUGGGUCUUGAUGAAGAUGACGCCUCUACGACAUGGCACGACGUCGCGUUGUCCAUCGCCGCCGAAUUGAUGGGCAAGGUUCGAAGUGAUGUUUAUCGAACGCUUGGGUAUAGCACUUCUGCUGGUAUAGCAAGAAACAAAUUUCUGGCAAAGCUCACCGCCUCAUACAAAAAACCCAAUAGUCAGAGCAUUCUCCGCAAUGCAGCAAUCCCGAACUAUCUGAAGCCGAUGCCGUUCCAGAAGAUCCGCUUCCUCGGUGGUAAGCUUGGCAAAGCUUUCGCUGAGGAAUAUGAUGCUUCCACCGUUGGUGACUUGUUGGCAAUAAGUCUCGAGGAAAUGCAGCGCAAAUUCGGCGAGAACUCCAUCUGGGUGUACGAGAUCCUUCGAGGCAUAGAUCGAUCCGAAGUGAAGGAAAAGUCGGCGGUCAACAAGAGCAUGAUGGCUUCCAAGAACUUGCCAAAGCCAAUUACAAAGACUGUGCAUGGGCAUCACUGGAUACGAGUGCUUGCUGCGGAGCUAGCACUGCGGCUGAGGGAAGCAAGGGAAGAAAUAUCCGCCUUUUGGCCAAAGACAUUGGUGCUGCACGUUAGACAAGGCUAUGAGACUGGCCGUUCGAAGCAAGCCGCGUUCCCAUUCACACGAAAUCCGGAUGUCGACUACAUCGCUUCCGCAGGCGACAAGCUGUGGCGCGAACUUGUUGGCACGGACACGAGCAGGAAAGCGUCAAUGAACAUCACGAAUGUGGCGCUUGGAUUCGCCGGUGUCGAGUUCAUGGAGAUCGGACAGCGAAGCAUCGAGGGCUUCUUCAAGAACCCCCCGACGAUGAGCGACACCCCGCGAAGUCCCGAUUCGGGCACCAAGCGCAAGAGGGACCCACGGGACGACCCACAGCCCGAGACGUCGCUUACCCGUAGUGGUCCACACACACAGCAACAUGAUGUCCCGCCAGACGAGGUCACGUCGUUCUUGUGUGGCAGAUGUGGCAAGCGCAUUGCACUGCCAAGCGAACUGACAGAUGCGAAUGUUGGAGCGGAGAUCCGGACAGAGGCGCUUGUUGCACUGCGCAUGGAGCAUGAUGACUUUCAUGUAGCCCAGGACCUUGCGAAACACUACUCAGUCGACGGGUCUCCUCGAAAGAUACGCCCUCUUGAGAAGCCACAAACGAAGAAGACCAGGAGGCGAGAGACUCCGGAGGGCAUCGCGAAGUUCUUCAAUAAGAAGUGA